AUGGCGGCAGCUCCGCCGCUCUCCAAGGCUGAGUAUCUGAAGCGCUACUUGUCCGGAGCAGAUGCGGCCCUCGGCGGGGGCCCCGAAGCCGGCCGCAAGCGUCGCAAAAAACGGCCGAAGCCUGGCGGGGCUGGCGGCAAGGGAAUGCGAAUUGUGGAUGAUGAUGUGAGCUGGACAGCUAUUUCUACCACUAAAGUGGAAAAAGAAGAAGAGGAAGAUGAUGGUGAUUUGCCUGUGGUUGCCGAGUUUGUGGAUGAGCGUCCAGAAGAGGUCAAGCAGAUGGAGGCUUUUCGUUCCAGUACCAAGUGGAAGCUUCUGGGAGGCCAGGCUGAUGACCCAACCUCAUCACAUAAGAGGAUACGUCACGAUACCCCGGAUUCAUCUCCUCCCAGGAGGAUACGUCACGAUACCCCGGGUUCAUCUCCCAGGAGGAUACGUCACGACACCCCGGAUUCAUCUCCUUCCAGGAGAGUCCAUCACGACACCCCGGAUUCAUCUCCUCCCAGGAGAGUCCGUCACGACACCCCGGAUUCAUCUCCUCCCAGGAGAGUCCGUCACGACACCCCGGAUUCAUCUCCUCCCAGGAGAGUCCGUUACGACACCCCGGAUUCAUCUCCUCCCAGGAGAGUCCGUCACGACACCCCGGAUUCAUCUCCCAGGAGAGUCCGUCACGACACCCCGGAUUCAUCUCCUCCCAGGAGAGUCCGUCAUGACUCCUCAGACGCUUCACCACGGAGGAGGGUCCGUCCUGACUCCCCAUAUCUUUCUCCACCCAGGAAGUUUCAUAAUUCUUCAGAUGUGUCUCUUAGGAAAGCUCGUCUUGACUCACCUGAUCUGUCUCCUCCUCCAAGGAAAUUUACAUCUUCCUCCAGAACUGGUCACCAUUCUCCCAGUUUGUCUGCUAAUGUUCCUCAUUCACUACCUAAAACCAAAAGCAGUGAAUCCCCCGACAGAGGCUCUAGCAAGUCUUCUUCACACUGGACAGACACAGGACCCUCCCAUUCUUCACUCCCAAAGAACAGCAAAUGUGAAUAUGCUUCAGACCUCUCUCUUCCACGAAAGAAGCUGGCAAAAUCCAAGUUUAGAAAUAAAGCAUGUGAGUCUAAAGAUAUCCUGGAAGUAUCCAAUGGUUUUGAACAGAAACGCUUUGCCAGACUUGCCAGUAAGAAGGCAGUAGAGGAACUCGCCUACAAGUGGAGUGUUGAGGAUAUGUAA